AUGGCUGCUAUUCCUAAUCCUGAUGGAGAAUACGGUAUAUCGCCCGAGAGACUCCCCAAGAGCGUCAAGAUCCGCUCAACUUGCAAUGCUUGCCAACAGGCCAAGAUUCGUUGCAGCCAUGAAAGACCGUCCUGUCGACGAUGUCAGAAGCAUAACAUCGACUGCAUUUAUAGUAUAUCUCGACGACUGGGAAGACCCGCAAAGAAGAAAGAUAUUGCCCUGAAUGAUUCUUCUGUUGGCCAGGAAUGCAAUGAGAGUCCUGGUUCCCCUUUGAAUAAGAGAAGCAGGUGUCCGAAGAAACGGAAAGCGAAGGAAGAGACCAUGAAUGAACACAUGGCAAGAGAAGAUCCUGUACUUCCCACCGAGAAGCUAUCAUCGGAUUACAUGGUUUUCGGUAGCGGCCACAUGAAUGAUCUUUCAGUCGAGGAUACAAAUAUGCAAAGUCCAAUCCUUGCAGAUAUUGCUACAACGGCUCCAUUUUCAUUAUCAGACAACGUUGAUAUCACGUCCGAAAGCUGGUUACAGGAAUUCAUGUCCAAUCCAUUUACUGACCCGGCACUGGAGCGUAGCUUCUUCGAGCCUUUUGCGGCUGAUGAGACUAAAGUUGAUAACGGGGAUGCAGCUCUUACUAUGGAGGCCAAAGACCCCCCCCCCACGUAUCCUGAGAGCUUCUCCGAUUCCGCUUCAGAGAUGCAGGAGCCCCCAUUGUCAUCGACUUACUUUUCGGCGACGAGUGGAUGCUUGGCGCACAACGACGAUGGAGCUGGGAGAACUCAAGGGGCUCUCCCAGGUAAUCCUGCUUAUCCUGAGUAUCUUAUGAAAGAGACUGGGGCCUGGGCACAACCACUUUCUACUAUUGGUGAAGGGUUUCCACCGGACUCAUCAUGCCUUUUCCCACAAAUGAAGACUUCGAAGCGAACGUGCGAUUUCAAAAUUUUCGGAGAUGAUUUCAGUGUGAAUCCUAAUAGUCUGGUAGCAGACAACUUUCAGUGCCAGGCACACGAGCAGGCAGUCCGAGACCUCAUCCGAAUUAACGUCUGUGCCUCAUAUACCGGUCCUUCUGCGGCAAUUGACUCCAUAUUAACUUGCCAGAAGGCCCUGCAACAGUUGGCUGAAACAAUCCUUCAAUGUCGUAUUUGCUCGCGGGCAAGAGUGAAUGUUCUGAUGGUCGUUGUCGUCAGUAUCGAUAGUUUGAUCACUACCCUGGAAACAAUCACUUCGGUGGAAAACGAUCUUGUUGGUAGAAUGUUUCCGGAAUUUUAUAACCCCCUGCUUCACGAUUACAGAUCAGAUGCAGAACUGGCCACUCACAGUCGGCGAUAUAAAGGAAGCAGUCCCCAGCUUAGGGUGCAGCUGGACUCUUGUCCACUUGUCAUUGGUGACUUUUAUGUGUCGUCGGACGAGAAGUUUUUAUUUGUUAAAAGGGUGUUGCAUAGUCGCCUGUCAAGCUUGUUGGGAACUGUCCGCCGUAUUCGGCUUUGCACACAAGAAGCCCUCGCAGUUUCGGCAUCACGUGGAAGACUGGUUAUGAUGAUGGAGACAGAUCGCAGACUGCAGUUGAUUAUGAUGAAGCUGAAAAUGCUAUCCAAGCCUUGAUGGAAAUUUUGUUUUCUGCAAGUGUUGCGUGUUAUCGCGGAAGUUGAAUGAAUCGUAAAACUGCUCGACAAUAGUUUCGGCAAAAGAGAAUGCAUAUAUAGUCUAUAUUCUGACAAGAUAUCGAGUGUAGUUCUCAGUGGUAGUUUCUGAUUUAGGUCCAUCUGGAGAAUGAAUUCACACUAAGAUGCUCUGUAACAGGAUUGCAAUCCGAACCCAAUAUUUUGAUAUCUAAACGUGCUAAUAUCAGAUAUACCUGAGUCAUCCGUGCUCUAAUACUCUGUGUGACCCUCAGCGGGUCGGGAGGACGUACGUAGGUUCCACGAUCCUCUGGCGCUACAAAGAUGCACGCCAGAAGAGCUCGCACCCUGAGG